AUGAAGGACGAAACUAAAGCCUCCGGAUUCAAGGCACAAAAGGACAGGGUGACCUUUCUGAUGUGCGGGAAUGUGAAUGGCUUUAUGCUCAAACCAGGCCUCAAUUACAAGGCUGCAAAUCCCAGGGCAUUCAAAAAUAAGAACAAGGCAUUGCUGCCUGUGUUCUGGAUGCACAAUCCUGAGGCUUGGAUCACCACAGUCCUUACAGAAUACUGGUUCCAUCACUGCUUCAUUCCUCAAGUUAGGCAAUACUUGGCUGAUUUGAACAUGGAGUUCAUGGUGUUGCUAAUAACAGAAAAUGCCGGUGGCUACCCUCUCGAUCUUUAUUACAAGGGAGUCCAGCUCAAGUUCCUCCCUUCCAACACCACCUCUCUCCUCCAGCCCAUGUCUUCAAGGCACUCUACACCGGAAACUCCCUCCAGCACCUUGUUGAUGCAAUGGACCAUUGACAGUGAAUUUACACUGAAAGCCUAUUGGCAUAAAUUCAUGAUUGCUAUGUGUCUGUCUUGUCAUCGACCAGUCACUGAAGGACAUGAAGGCGGAGACCCUGAAUGCAUGCUGGAGUCAAGUUGUGGCUGGACUGUGUCCACAAUUAUACAGGCUUCUCUCCUGACGAGAUCCAGCAUUUGGGCAUUAAUAAAGCAGUCCAGUUGA